AUGAGGGCAGUCCUCACCCGUCUAAUGGCCCUAACGGCCUUCAUAGCCUUCAUAGGCUUUAUGAACCUCCCAACGGCCCUUGCCCUUCCCAACUUGCAGGAAAUAGGGCACAAACUCGGUACCACAUCGAGUGCACCUUCCAUACAUUCUACGACCAGCGAAACCCCCAAAAGCAACGUCCGCUCACUUAGUUCCCUGUUCAGGUCCCAGAAGGGGGCCAUGAUGAAACGCGAUCCCCAAACCUCCCGCCCUCCAUGGUGGUGGCCAUAUGGCGAGUCUGGGCUGACAUAUGUGCCCGGCCAAAUUGGCGGAGAAGGGCCCACGCAAUGGCCAAAAGGAGAUCCUGGGCCACAGGGACCAAGAGGUCCCAUCGGUCCAACAGGAGCAACUGGUCCCGUCGGCCCGGUUGGACCUCUUGGACCUAUUGGCCCGGUUGGCCCGGUUGGCCCUCUUGGUCCCGUUGGUCCCGUUGGUCCUCUUGGCCCGGUCGGACCUACUGGGGCCAACGGUGCGGUGGGCCCGGCCGGACAGAACGGCGCCGUGGGGCCUCAAGGACCAAGAGGCCCUUUCGGCCCUCUCGGCCCUGUUGGACCUAUUGGACCUCUCGGCCCUGUUGGACCUAUUGGACCUAUUGGGCUUACUGGUGCGGAUGGCGAAGUCGGCCCAGCUGGUCCAUCUGGACCUGUUGGACCUAUUGGGCUUACUGGCCCGGCUGGCCCGAAUGGCGAUGUUGGUCCCCAAGGCCCUAUCGGUCAAACUGGCCCGGCUGGCGCAGAUGGCACAGAUGGUGCAAUUGGUCCUCAAGGCCCCAUCGGAAUAACUGGCAACACUGGUGACACUGGCCCUCAAGGCCCUAUUGGGCAGACUGGAGCAACUGGUGACAUCGGUCCUCAAGGCCCCAUUGGACUGACUGGGCAGACUGGAGCAACUGGUGAUAUCGGUCCUCAAGGCCCCAUCGGACUGACUGGGCAGACUGGAGCAACUGGUGAUAUCGGUCCCCAAGGCCCCAUCGGACUGACUGGGCAGACUGGAGCAACUGGUGAUAUCGGUCCCCAAGGACCUAUUGGGCAGACUGGAGCAGUUGGUGAUACAGGUGCCAUUGGUCCCCAAGGACCUAUUGGUGAUACUGGUGCGAUCGGUCCCCAAGGACCUAUUGGGCAGACUGGAGCAGUUGGUGAUACAGGUGCCAUUGGUCCCCAGGGACCUAUUGGUGAUACUGGUGCGAUCGGUCCCCAAGGCCCUAUUGGUGAUACUGGUGCCAUUGGUCCCCAAGGACCUAUUGGUGAUACCGGUGCCAUUGGCCCCCAAGGCCCGAUUGGUGAUACUGGUGCGAUCGGUCCUCAGGGCCCUAUUGGGCAGACUGGUGGCAUUGGUCCCCAAGGCCCUAUCGGUGAUACUGGUGACACCGGCCCUCAAGGCCCUAUUGGGCAAACUGGAGCUACUGGGCAGACUGGUGACAUCGGUCCUCAAGGCCCUCAAGGACCUACUGGAGCUACUGGAGCUGAUGGACAAACUGGAGCAACUGGACAAACUGGAGCGACUGGUAGCAUUGGCCCUCAAGGCCCUCAAGGCCCUGCUGGAGCGACAGGAGCGACAGGAGCAACCGGAGCAACUGGAGCAACUGGAGCAGUAGGAGCCACAGGACCAACUGGUCCGGGCACGUUUGCGUCGACCUGGGACUAUGCCGGCUGUUACAGCAUCCCCGAAGGGAACUUCGGAUUCACCAGCGUCGUGAGUCAACAAAUAGAGAUUACCUCUAUUGACGACUGCGCGAAUUUCUGUGGAGCCACUCAGGGCAACGGCUCGCCUACCUUCUACUUUGCGCUUGGAUACUUCAUCAUCAACCCCUGGUGCGCAUGUGGAAAUGCUCUUGAUGGCACAGCCACACUCGUGGCUAAUAGCAACUGUAACGCUCCCUGCCAGUUCAGCGUUACCCCCCGCCCUUACUGCGGCUCAUUCAGCGGUCAAUACGUGUCAAUGUUUGCCAGUGUAUAG